AUGGAGAUUGAAGGACACAAGACCGAGGUGGGCAGCACUUGGAACAGCAACGGAACCGCCCUGGCCACAGUGGGAGACGACAAGGUCGUCAAGUUGUGGCUCAUUCACGAUGGCCGCACUUAUCACUACCAGGGAGAGACCCAGAAGAACCCGAAGAAGCUCACCAGCGUCGUCUUUGCUUCCGACCCCGAGGGUGAGGUCAUCGUCUACUCCGACAAGUUCGGUGAGGUGUUCUCAUCGCCGGUGGCUCGACCCAACGAGCAGCCCAAGGUCUUGCUGGGCCAUGUAUCGAUCAUCACCGAAGUGCUGCUGUCUCCGGGCGGAGACCUGCUCCUCUCUGCGGACAGAGACGAGAAGAUCCGGGUGAGCCAGUACCCCAAGGCCUACAACAUCGAGGCCUACUGCCUCGGCCACACACAAUUCGUGAGCAGGAUCUACAUCCCCACAUCGCAGCCGUCGGUGCUCUUCUCGGGCAGUGCUGACGGUACUGUGCGCGUGUGGCGGUACCUGGUCGGCGAACUCCUGCACACGGAGGACCUGACGCGAGGCGAUGCCACCAGGCGGAUCGUCACCCUCCCCGUAGCCUUCAGCGACGAGAAGCAGACGCUUGUCGUCCUCGUCGAGGGGGUGAACUCGGUCUACCUGUUCAAGUUGGUCGACGGCAAGGAGCUGAAGGAGGCGCAGGUGCUUCCGCUCCACUCGGCCCCCUGGGACGCGGCCUUCGACAAGGAGGACAACCUCUGGGUGUCAACCUCCUCCGGCGUCGAAGUCCUUACCAGCAGCGCCGACGAUACCUACUCCCCGCUGGCUGAAGGACACGCUCUGGGCGCUAAGCUGCAGCAGCUGAACGAGAAGCGCGAGAAGCAGGCGAAAGCGGUGCUGGAAAAGAAUGUGGAGAAGGCGCUGGCCUACGGUGCGAUGAGGAAGCGGACGGCGGAGGACAAGGCGCAGGCCAAGAAGAGGAAGAUCGAGGAGGCCAACGCCAAUCCCGAUCUCGUCAGCGCCAAGGAGAAGCGAAAGGAGCGGAGGAACAAGGCAAAGCAGGCCGAGAGGAAGAAGAAGGAGACACCGGCAGUGGACGACACCGUGGCGCCCAUGGACGAGGUCAAGAACGUAACAGGCGAGGAAGAAGAAGAAGAAGAGAAGACCUCGUCUGCGUGA